CUCCUGAGACCCCGCGUCCUCAUAUGAGGACAUUACAUUUUUGCUGUUCUGCCCCAUGAUACUUAAUUUGUAAGAAUUUUGACCAAUUGUCCUCAUCUGGGGGCCUUGCCUGCACCACCUAGUGGUCUCAUAAUGAAAUUACACUCAUUUGAAAAAAAACAGCAUGGCGGGAAUGACGGCGAAAAUCUUCUACGGCAGCUCCCGACAGAAACAUGGACAAGGUAAAAAUCCUAAUCGAAUUUUAUGAUUGAAACUAGUUUUUUUAUGCACAACAAUGUCUCUAGCUUCACAUAGCAUGCUUAUUUGAUAUAUUUGAGUAAUAUUAGCAAGCUACAACGUCUGUAAACAUGACGUACUUAUUUGAGGACAUCAGGUCUAGCUUCAGUGCAAAAACGUAAAAUUUUUCCAAAAGCAUUUGUGUUUACUUCUAGUCAAAAUGUCUAAUUUCUAGUCAAAAUAAGUCUUAUUACACUUAAAAUAAGACUCAUCCUCCAAAAAGAAAUGUGUUUUUAGACAAUCACCACUUGUUUCAAGUGAACUUUCACUAAAAAAUAAGUAGAAUAAUUUGCCAGUGGAGCAAGUUUUUAUUUCCUAUUACAAGGAAAUAGAUUGUGCAUUUUUAUCAUUACAGGGAGAAUGUCCUUUUCGAGAACUGAACAAUUGCUAAAAGCAAUCGAAAAUGACUCUGAGAUUGAAGAUUUGUCGGGUGGUGAAGAGGAUGAAAUCGCUCCAUGUGAAGCAACUCUGGAGCAACCUGAUAAUUCUGAUUCUGAUUAUCAACCUGAUUCUGCUGACAUAAGUGAAGAUACUGACAGCGAUGCGAGUGAGCCACAACAUAAACAGCAUCUUGAGAAUGAUGAACCUGACCAGGAUGUGCAAGGUCACAGGCCAGGACCAAGAAAUGUAAAUAGAGAGUACUGGAAGUCUGCUCCAUUCAACCCUGUCUUAGUCCAAUUUCAAGGAUCUGAUGAACAACAAGACGAGAGAGCAGAUAUGUCGCCGGUGCAGUACAUGGAACAGUACGUUGACAUAGAACUGAUGAAAGUCCUUGCCGACUGUACAAAUUCUAUGUCAUUAGCUAAAAGUGGGAGAUCUCUCAACACAUCGAUUGAAGAGAUGUACCACUUUUUUGGAGCAUCCAUCUUGAUGUCCUGCAUCCCUUACCCACAAAUCCGCAUGUUCUGGUCCACUAACCUGAAAAUCCCUGCCAUUAGUGACACAAUGAGACGCGACCGAUUCUUCAAGCUGAGAUUAUUUGAGAUUAUCUAAUUGGUUUUGUUUUUAGGUGUACCUAACUGGUACAGUCAUGAAGAACAGGAUCCCAAAAGCAAUGCAGAAGCUUCCAAGUGACAAGAUCAUGAAGCAGCAAGGCAGAGGUACCUCCGCAUCAGUUGUCAGGGGAGAUGGGAAACUGAAUGUUGUGAAAUGGUUUGACAACAAGCCGGUCCUGAUGCUCUCUGCUGUCCACGCUAAGGAGCCAGAGGAUACCUGCCAGCGGUGGUCCAAGAAGGACAAAUGCUACUUAACCAUCAGACGACCAAAUAUUGUACAGGAGUACAAUGCAAAGAUGAGUGGGGUCGACUUAUCAGACAGAAUGAUGAGCUACUACAGGAUAAGCGUGCGAACUAAGAAGUGGACAAUUCGCAUGCUUAUGCACUUUAUGGAUCUUGCUCUGGCCAACAGCUGGCUGCUGUAUCGCAGAGAUCAUCAAGAACAUGGUACCCCAAGAAAGGCUAUCUUGACGUUCCUCGCGUUCCGCAUGGACGUUGCUCAGGUAUUCCUCAACAAGUGUGAUGUCACACAUGCAGAGGAAGAGAGUGCAUGCUAUCCACAACCUGGCCAAAGAGCCCUGGUCACGCCAAUCCCCCACAUCUCAGCGCGCACAACUUCUGCUGCUCAUCUGCAAGUUGCUGAUCUCAAGAACCCGAUGCGUUGCAGACAACAAGGCUGCGCUGGGAAAUCCCGUGUACGCUGUCUGACAUGCAAUGUGUUCCUUUGCCUGCAAAGUCGGCGCAACUGCUAUGAAGCCUUUCACGGAGGCCAAUAGGACUACUUGAAUACUUGAAUGUUUGUUUGAGUUUACUAUGACAUGUUCAUAAUGAAGUUCAUAAACUUUGCACUUUUCCAUGCAAAAGCUGCACUUUUAUUUGCACUUUUGUGUUUGUUGGCAAUAUAAAAUAAACUUUUGUACUUUAUUAACCAAUGGUGUCUUCAUUGUGAAAGUCUGGACAGAAAGCAGCGUAAAUGUACAUACUGUGAAACACAGAUGUAAAUAAUAACAUUGAUUGAAUGGUCUUAUCGUCACACAGAUAGACCCAAUGUCCUCAUAUGAGGACAUUAGGUUUUGAGAUAACCACUUAUUGUAGAAAGCUAAAAUUUCAUUUUUAGGCUAAUUGGGUCCUUAUGAUCCCAAAUGGCAAGGAAAAAAUGUAUAGGUAAAAACAGACCCACUGUCCUCAUAUGAGGGCAUUGGUUUUGACAUAGUUCAAGAGCACAUAGAAAGCUAAAAUUUAAUUUCAACUAAAAUUAGGUCAUACUAAUCCCAAAUAGUAAGGAGACAUAAAAAAUGCACAUCAAACAAAAGCCCGGGUCU